UAUACAUUCUAUAUCUUCACCUUCACCAGCCAUGUCGCCGAUUCUCUCAUUUUGGCCAUCUAAUAUCUCUCUCUAUAUAACCCAAUAAAUAUCAUUCAUCAAAGACAUACACAGCCUGUUUGUUUUCCCCCAUUUUCAUUUCCAUUGUUUGACAACUAGCUGAUGCAGCAGAAAGGUAGAAACAAUAACCGUAGAUCCAGGAGCUUCUCUAGAUCUCGUCUUGCCAUUGAGGGUUUUUAGCUUCUCUAUCUCUCCCAUACCAUACUAAUUAAUACCCAAUCAAUCCACACUAUUCAAAUAAACUCAUCGAAUUCGUCUAUCAUUACACAACAACUAUGGCUGCUGCUUCAGGACAAGAGCGUGAGGUUCAGAAGAGUUAUUGGAUAGAGCACACUGCGGAACUUACUGUGGAGGCCAUGAUGCUCGACUCCAAAGCUGCCGAUCUCGACAAAGAAGAGAGGCCUGAGGUGCUCUCUCUGCUUCCGCCAUAUGAAGGGAAAACUGUCUUGGAACUGGGUGCUGGUAUUGGCCGUUUCACUGGCGAAUUAGCCGAGAAAUCUGGGCAGCUUAUCGCAUUGGACUUUAUUGAAGGCGCCAUUAAGAAGAAUGAAAGCAUAAAUGGGUACCGUAAGAAUGUCAAGUUCAUGUGUGCUGAUGUGACUUCUCCAGAUUUGAAUUUUUCACCUGAAUCGGUGGACUUGAUAUUUUCUAACUGGUUACUGAUGUAUCUUUCUGAUGAAGAGGUUCAGGAUCUUGCUGAGAGAAUGGUUAAAUGGUUGAAAAUCGGUGGUUACAUAUUUUUCAGAGAGUCAUGCUUCCAUCAAUCAGGAGACCACAGGCGAAAGAACAACCCAACCCACUAUCGAGACCCUAGCUUUUAUACAAAGGUUUUCAGAGAAUGUCAUGUAAAUGCUGGUAAUGGAAAAUCAUUUGAACUUUCUCUUGCUGGUUGCAAGUGCAUCGGAGCUUAUGUGAGGAACAAAAAGAAUCAAAAUCAGAUUUGCUGGACGUGGCAGAAGGUUGGUUCUGAGAAUGACAUGGAAUUUCAGCGCUUCUUGGACACUGUUCAGUACAAAUGUAGUGGUAUACUGCGAUAUGAACGUGUCUUUGGACAAGGUUUUGUAAGCACAGGAGGACUUGAAACUACAAAAGAAUUUGUAGCCAUGUUGGAUCUUCAGCCUGGCCAAAAGGUACUUGAUGUUGGUUGUGGCAUUGGAGGAGGUGACUUCUACAUGGCUGAAAAGUAUGACGUUCACGUUGUUGGCAUUGACUUGUCUGUCAACAUGAUAUCUUUUGCCCUUGAGCGUGCUAUUGGUCUCAAGUGUGCUGUUGAAUUUGAGGUUGCUGAUUGCACCAAGAAAACAUAUCCUGAUGGUACAUUUGAUGUCAUAUACAGUCGGGAUACUAUCCUUCACAUCCAGGACAAACCUGCAUUGUUCAGAUCUUUCUACAAGUGGCUGAGACCAGGAGGCAAAGUCCUUAUUAGUGAUUACUGCAAAAGAGCAGGACCAGCAUCUGAAGAAUUUGCAGGUUAUAUUAAGAAAAGGGGUUAUGAUUUACAUGAUGUCGAAGCAUACGGGCAGAUGCUCAGAGAUGCGGGUUUUCAUGAAGUUGUGGCCGAGGAUCGUACUGGACAGUUCAUUGAGGUUCUGCAAAAGGAGUUAGAUACUGUGGAGAAGGAAAGAGAGGCAUUUAUCCAUGAGUUCUCUGAACAAGACUAUAAUGAAAUAGUUGGAGGUUGGAAGUCCAAGCUAGUCAGGAGUUCAUCUGGUGAGCAGAGGUGGGGCUUGUUCAUUGCCAAGAAGAACUGAUUUAUCCAAAUGUGCGGUGUAUCCAUUCCCGUUGUUCUUGAAGAUGAACAUUCCAUGCUGUAAUUUUAUGUUAUGUUUGAUGUUCCACAUAAUAAUCGGGUUGUGUACCUGUGAUUUUAGUUAGGAUAAAAAUAUUAGUAUGCUUUUUCCCUCUUGGACGAAUUUGUUCUUCAUUUGCUGUCAUUUGGAUGCAAUUUGAUCCGAGAAUAUAACUUCCCCCUUAAAACAUUUAUACCAUUUCAGUUUAAAGCUCUUAA